GCACAUCAAUUGCGUCGACUCACGAGGAAAGGAAGACUCGCCAUCCAAAAACUGAAGAAGAAAACCGGCGGAGAACAACGGGCAAUGCGGCGGAAAUCUUUCACCAGGUUCUUCCGCGCCCUCGCGCCGCACUUCUUGGCGCAAUUUCGCCUCCUAAUGGCGAUGCGUGUCCGAACUACAACGACGAACACAAUUGAUGCGGAACGAGAGCAGGAGACGAGUACAAGCACGAUCACCUCCGCACCGGACGACACGGAGGGCGCUGCAACGAUAAAAGAAUGAGAAUCGCAGAAAAUUAUAUCAACUUUAACCACCGCGACUCCUCCGCAGCUGAAAAGAAGAGUGAGAAAAACUUGGAAACGGGACGCGACGAAAUUUUUGGCGCCAAACGAACUCGUUUUAGAAUUGCUGGACGAGAAGGGCGACGUGGUCGGCCGGGUGGAAAAUUAUAGCGGGAAUUCGAAUUAUCCGGGCGGCGCGGCAUUCGGCGCAUCCGGAUUCGCCCAGGGGGGUGGACGAGGUGGUGGCACAACAACACCUCCAGUUGGAGCAGGAGACGAGGCCGGUGUUGGAAAUGACGACCAAAACGAUGCUGUUGACGCAGUGGCGGAGGCGGAACAGAACGCGGCGUCCUCGAGCAGCAGUUCUAGUUCAACUUCGUUCCUGGAACUACACAAUGAGCAGUCCCAUCUGAUGGAACAGGGGUUCGGUGGAAGUACUGGCUUCUUCGACGCGCUGCCGGAGUGGCUGUUCCUGAAAGACCCGGAGACGGUAAUCUACUACACGCCGAACAACCGGACACAGGACCAAAACAGCACGACAAAUGUUACUGCGACAGAGCUCUGGACCGCCCUCCGCUCCGGAGUGGAACAAUCAGCCGCCGCGUUUUUCGCUUCUUUCACACACGUAUCCUCGACAAGCGACCACUCGGAUCAUGGCGAUCCCGAUGUGAACACCAGCCAAACUGCGUUAUUUGGGCAUUCCGAUUUUUUGCAGACGGGUGCGGCUGCGGGAUUGCUCUCGGAGCAGGAGGAGCCCGCAAGCGAGAUGGCUCCAACGGCCGCUUCCAAGGGCUUCGCAGAUGAAACUUCUACCAGACAAUACGGGUGGGCAGGAGAGGCGCACGAUCUGGCUUCGUCGCUGGCGAGUUUGUCUCCAGGGUAUCACAUUGGAAACUGAGCGCUCAACUUUUGAAGGAUUGGAACAGAAAAAUGAGUUCGUGAGAGUUGCGUUUUUCCAUUCGUAAAAUUGAGCAUUUUAAUCUUGAUAUGAUGAAUCUGGAUCUGCAUAAUUCUUGCGUUUCACGAAUCCGAAUGAUCCGCAAAUCACCAUAUUUGUGGCGUGUGAUUCCGAUUCCGCACCCGCCCUGCUACUCCUUUUAUUCUUGUAGCGACAAGAAGGGGGCCACAGUAUUCCUCUCUUCUGUUUUCUGAUGUGGGGAGGACCGCGUCUUCAAUGCGAUACUUGGGAAGAAUCUUCCUCCCUGCGGAAGGGAGAUGCUCGACUCGAGCAGCUUCAGCGCGACAGCACGCUGCGGAAAAAGCUGCCUUUAUUUCUGCAAGCAGUACAACAAGAAGACGAGGAUCAUGACGAAACGAAAACUACGCUCACACGAGGGCGUUCUGGAGGUUCCGCUCAGGAUCAGGAAAAACCUUCUUUGCAAUUUCCGACGCCGCACAACAUGCUGAAGUUGAUCCCGACUCAGGAAAGCCACGCGGGAGCGCAAGGCGGGCAGGCUGGCUCUGCUGACCACUCUGCUCUGCAAGUACAACAAGCAGACAAUGUUGCGGUCGCCGGAAGUACAAGUGCAGUUGGGGCGAAUCUGAAUAUCCACUGCAAACCUUUAGUCUUCUUCUAAGCUGGGAGUAAACCAUGUGCGAACAUCCUUUGUCAUGCGCAUCUUAUUCAUACCCGACCCCGAGCCUGAAGAUGCUUAUCCCGCAUGACAGAUGUUGAUACCCGUUCGCUUCCCGGGGCAAAACAUGGAGAGCCUUCGCUCAUCCUCUUGAGGGAUGACAAUUAGAAGUCUUCGCAGACUUAUCCUGAUCCAUGGUUAAUAAUACCAUAUACAAAUACCAGCAUCUUCACGAGCUUGCAAUGUCAGCAAGCGGCUCGUUGGGACCCCGAACCCGUUGACGCGUUUGCAGUGGAUAGGAAAAGAAGUGCCGUCGUUACAAUUUCCUACGCCACACAACAUGUUGAAGCUGAUCCCGGACGGAGUGGAAGCCCCUGUGGAACAACUACCAGCGGACGACAAAAAGGACGACUCCCACCAGUCCUUUCUCAAGCUCGAAGGAACCUCCGAAGAUCAACAUGGACAAGGACAAGCUCGUGAUGUGGAGAAAGCAGCAGACGCUGGGGUUUUGACGGGAGGAGAUGUCCCUACCCAAAAAGCACGUCCUGAAGACCAAGGCAUACCUCUCGCGCACCUUGAGGGCUGUCGUGUAUGCAGUGCAAAUAUGACGUAUACCUUUAGUUCAACUACUGCAGGAGGAGGUGGAACUUCUCUACCUCCAAAGAAUAUCCCAAACGCCGUCAAUUGUAGCUGCACAGUCCGAGCUUACUUUUACAGAUGAUAAGUGGAUACUACAGCUUUGGGGGCGUAAUCGAGUUCACUUGUUGCGCAUUUUUGUUAUGGGUCAAUUUCAGGUCCUCGUCGAACGGAAACUGUUGUCAGGCUGGCAUGUGGUGCAGCAGGCACAGACCGCACUAUAGUACAACUUCUUUUUUUAUUUUUUGCUCUCUCAUGAUGAUCACGCUCGCGAAAAAAGUAAAUAAAAUGACAGCUCGUGCUCUUAAAAACUACUAGUAAGCAAGUACAAGACGGACGUCGAGCAGCUGAAAAAAACAUUGACCGGGCGUCGUCUUCUUGGCGGGCCUGUUAAUUUGCAAAUUUCGUUUCUAGAUAAUGAGGAUGGAAAUGGACGACGACGCAUUUGCACUGCAUAUGAGGCUCAGGCUGAUCCGCACUUCGAAAGUAAGACCGGUGUUGAAGAUGAACAAACUGAGCUUGUGAAAUUGGAUGCAGGACAAAUGAGGCAAACAGGCAGCGUGACGCUGCAAACGAAAACGGAAACAAGUGGCACUGGAAGAUAUGACGCAGAACCUGCUUCAGAAGAGCCGGAAAAGACAAAGAGAAACACGAAUCCCGGCAGGAGAGGAAUUCCCGUUGGGGAAAGGUUGGGUGCAGGUGAGACGCAAGAACGCGUCGGAGGAGAACAGAUGCAAGUAGAAAAAGCAGAAGCACAUCAAGAAGCACCCGAAGUAGACCGACAAAAAACUCAAACCCAAUUGAACGAGAGAGCCCCUCUGCCGGGAGUUGCUGGAAGUAGUCUCGGGGACUACGCUAUGGGUGAAGAAGGAAAUGUUGCGACACACGAAUCGUCGCAGCUGAGCGGUCCCUCUUUUACACAGAAAAACUCGUUGGGCGUGGGCGUGGACUCAACAAUGCCACGGUUGCCAUUGUUGAGUCCAAACUCGGGCGGCCUCCCGCAGGUCCAGAGUGUGAAAACAACAGACGAGAAGCGCGAUGCCGUGCACGACAGGGUUCUCGACGAGUACCCACCGCCGGGUGUUGAUGUCGUAGACGUGGCGCCAACAGUGUGGCAACACCUCACGGCCUUUUUUGCUGGAGGAGACGUCGGCCAGCGAAAGGGCAACACAUUUACGAACGAGUGGGACCAGGAAAUCUCCACCGACGCGAUCACGGAAAUCCGUGCCAAAAUGUGUCGUAUAAUGGGUCUAGGUAUAGAGCAUUUCUACGUUACGUUUACCCCAGCCAGAGCUCCCGGCGCCGAACCACUUACGGAGCCAGAGAAGCGCCUUGAGGAGGUCGUGGUUGCCGAGUUUGGACCAGACGGAUGGAUUGUCGAUCGACCUCAGCUGGUGUGGAAUUCGCCGAAGAUCGCCGUUUUCGAGUCUUCCACAUGCAAGCCCUACGUCUACGAAAAGGCGGGCGAGGUCCUCGCAAACUAUCGUAAAAUUGCUCUCGGUCAUGUGUCCGAUGAUGACAACACUCUAUCAGAACUCAGCGAAAACAGAAGACAAGUGCUCAAGGAGCAUGCCGAACAGUACGAGACUGCAAAGCAGAAGCUCGAAAGCUGGUCGCCGGCGUCGUGGAAGCUGACAUCUGAUGACAAAGAGGGGCUGAAGAAGGAACGAGCGACGGCUUUUGAGGGAAUGGUAAGUUUAUUGCUAAAUGAGGUCGACCGUUUCGCGAAAGAUGUAGGAAACGCCGUGCGCGAGGUCGAAGUGGAUUGGAGUUCGUUUGUGCUGCUCGCCACGAACUUGCACAUACCCAAGGAUGAAGGCGGCGGCCACAGAGUCUCCCUAAAGAAAAUUGCGUCGGUGGUGGAACAACUGGGGGAGGCGCUCGGAUAUGGUGCUAAGCCUAAAGCUAAUGGGCAGCUUAGCGAAAAAAAGAAAAAGAAAAAAAAAUCGGGUUAUUGGCUAUGCUGGCGCAAUUGCCAGCAUUUCGUCAACGAUCUGGCCAAUCUUUGGCGGACGAACGACGAGGAGCUGUGGAAUGUGAGCCAGAUGUCGCGCGGCGUCGGCCGUGCAGCUGAACGCGUGCGGGGAAUCGUAGAGCAGACAGCCGCAGUCGUUCCUUGGACCCCCCGGCAGCGCGAAGACAGAUAUGUGCAGUAUUUUGGGGGGGUGCCACAAGGGCAGACGGGCGCCGGUACGACUGGGAAGGAGCUUAUGGUCUGGAACGUGGGGGGAUCGCGUUUGGCAGCGCACAAGUGCAAGCUGAAGGACAGGAGGCUUUCCAAAGUAAAACAAAGGCUGACGGACGCUGAGCGUGUUGCUCAAAUUCUACAGCCCGUUGUGCAGAGUGCGGUGGAUAUUAAGGCGCUGGAAGAUUGUUCCAAGGAAGAGGCGCGCGCGCUAGAUGCUUUUUGGAAGCUUGAGGACGCAGAAAAAGAAAAACGCGACUUGACGUCGGAUCGCGACAGGCUGGAAAGAUACCUCGAGGACCAUGCUUCUACUUGCCCCGGCACUGGUUCCGGCCGGUGA